AUGAGUGGAUUUAUUAAAGAUGAGCCAAAACAAGAAGAAGAAGAAAGUGCAACCCUUAACAACGACGAUUUAAUAAACCAUGAAGUUGUAACAACAGUCAAGUUUGAGAAUAAUGGGGCUGUAACUCGCGUUAAGAGUGAUUGCAAAGUUAAAAGUGAACUGCAGCAGGAAGACGAGUUCACCUCAUAUUUCAUUAAUCAGCCUCUUCUGUUGUACGAUGAAUGUAUGGAAGACAAAAGUAACGUCCUUAACGUACGAGUAAGUGAGUUUCCUGCAGACCAUGAUACUGAUUUCCAUUGUUUCCAAUGUGACUAUGUGUCAAGUAUCAAAAGCAAUCUCAGAAAGCACAUCUUAAGGCACAGAACUCUGAGAAACUUAAAAUGUGACCAUUGCGAUUAUGUAACGAAUGAUAAGGAUAAUUUGAGACAGCAUGUCAGGAGACACAAUGAUAAAAAGGAGUACAGAUGUUCCCUUUGCAGUUAUGCCACAAAUGCCAAACACUCGUACAAUCGACAUCUCUUAAAACAUAACGCUCUGAAAGACAUUAAAUGUGACCAGUGCGAUUAUUGCACACAUACAAAGGACAACUUAAAGCAACACUUACUAAUUCACUACAACGAGAAGAAAUUUAAAUGCGACCAGUGCACUUUCGAAACUCACAUUAAAAAGUACCUGAAACGACACGCCCUCAAUCACAAACCAACCACAGACUUUAAUUGCUCCUACUGCCCCUACGCCACAAACGUCAAAAGAAAUCUCAUAAAGCACAUCUUAAGGCACAUAACGCCGAGAAAUUUAAAAUGUGACCAUUGCAAUUAUGUAACGAACGAUAAGGACAACUUGAGACACCACGUUAGGACGCACAACGAUAAAAAAGAUUACACGUGUUCCAUAUGCGGUUACGCCACAAAUGCCAAAAACUCCUACACUCGACAUCUCUUAAAACACAGCGCUCUGAAAAACAUCAAAUGUGACCAGUGCGCCUAUGCUACACAUUCCAUGGCAAACUUAAACCAACACCUACGAACGCACCAAAACGAGAAGAAAUUUAAAUGUGACCACUGCGCUUUCGAAACUCACGUUGAAAUGUACCUGAAACGACACGCUCUCAAUCACAAAUCGACCACGGACUUUAAAUGCUCGUACUGUCCAUAUGCCACAAACGUAAAAAAAAACUUCAACAAGCACUUCUCGAACCACAGAAAGGAGAGCUCUGUGACUGCACGACGAGCUUCUGCAAAAACCUGA